AUUAGUCCAUUCGUUAAGCCUCCCCGAUUACUGCGCUCCACUCUCGCGGUCGGGUUCGCCUCCUGACCAAUCACACUCCCUCCGACGACUCCCCAGCGAUCCCUUUCUCGAUGGAGGAGCCGAAGCUGCCUCCCCCGGCAGCUUCCGGCACCCCUUCAGUCGUAAGCCCUGCGGGCGAUGUGACCAUGCCCAGGGGAAAGAAGAGGAAGCUGGACGUCGAUGAGUUCCGUAACUCCGAUUACUACAAGCUUCGACUCAUGGUCAAGGACCUGCGCCCGCUGUUUCUCGAGGUUCUUCGCACACCAAACUUCCAGACCAGCAAAGCAGCAUGUGAGAUUCAAAAUCAAAUGAAGACAAUGCUAGUAUUGAUCAAGAAAUUGAGAGGUGAUGUGGACUCUUCUGAGAACUGUAAAAGUCCAUCCCAGGCAGAAUCCUCAUUUAGAGUUAAGGAAGAAGAAUCAUUAGAAAUGCAUGUAGAAGAUGAAAAAAUUGAACAUGAAACUGGACACGACCCAACAAUUCCAGUGAAAGCAUCACAACCUGAGAAGAACACAACUGUCUCAGACAGUAAUCAGGAGAAAACACAUGCAGAAUGGAUUGCUGAGGUACGGGAAAAGGUCAAACAAUUUGAUGUAGCAUCUCUAGGAAGCUAUGUCAUCGGUGGAUCCAAAAUCGGAUGGAAUUUUCUUGUUUAUCUAGGGAGUGAGCCAGUUUAUUAUGGGGUAACAAAAGAAAGUUUCCUUGCGCGCAGAUCGGCAAAGUGAUUCGCAGUUUUCCUUGGAAAAUAACUAAACAUGUCUCUAAAUGCUCGACUGAUUGCUGUUUUUGUUCCUGAGAAGGUUAAUGCAGACAUUGUGGUUGAAUUUUCAGUUAUUGUAGAAUAUAUCAGUGUAGAACAAUGCUUGAGAAAGUUGAUAUAAGUAGUUCCGGACUCCA